AUGUCAAUGGCUACGCAAGACCGCAAACUUCCCUUUGGGAGGAUUGAGCCCAAUUCGGCCAAAUAUUUCGCUAGCUGUACGCUGGGUGGCAUUAUCGGCCCAACCCACACCGCAGUGACUCCGCUCGACCUGGUCAAAUGUCGCCGCCAGGUCGACCCGAAGAUCUACACCUCCAACCUCUCGGCGUGGCGCUCGAUCAUGGCCAAGGAAGGCGUGCGCGGGGUCUUCUUCGGCUGGACGCCGACCUUCCUGGGCUACUCGCUGCAGGGCGCCGGCAAGUACGGCUUCUACGAGUACUUCAAGUACCUGUACGGCGACCGGCUCUUCCCCAACACCAACCGCACUGUCGUCUACCUGGGCGCAAGCGCCUCGGCCGAGUUCUUCGCGGACAUGAUGCUGUGCCCGAUGGAGGCGAUCAAGGUGCGCAUGCAGACCACCCUGCCGCCGUUCGCGCACAGCCUGCGCGAGGGCUGGGGCAGGAUCACCGCCAAGGAGGGUAUGGCCGGCCUGUACAAGGGCCUGUAUCCGCUGUGGGCGCGACAGAUCCCCUACACGAUGACCAAGUUCGCCACCUUCGAGGAGACCGUCAGCAUGCUCUACAAGACGAUCGGCAAGCCCAAGGAGCAGUGCUCCGGGUUGCAGCAGACCGGGGUCAGUUUCCUGGGCGGGUACAUAGCGGGCAUCUUCUGCGCGAUCGUCAGUCAUCCCGCGGAUGUGAUGGUCAGUAAGCUGAAUGCGGAUCGGAAAGCUGGUGAGGGUGCGAUGACGGCCGUGUCGCGCAUCUAUAGCAACAUCGGAUUCUCCGGCUUGUGGAAUGGCUUGCCGGUCAGAAUUGUCAUGCUCGGUACGCUGACUGGAUUCCAGUGGCUGAUUUAUGAUUCAUUCAAGGUGUUCUGUGGGUUGCCGACGACUGGUGGACAUUAA